GCGUAGCCCAGGCCGGGAUCCAGAUUCCAGAGCUGUAGCUCGGGGAUCGGUCAGAUAAUCGUCGAUCGUUGCUGCUGCAGACUGUCCCUGAGCCAGAAAAACUAUCAUAAAUAACGGCUGAAGGCGCGAGAUCUUGUCAGAACAUUUGCAGAAGAAACACUGUGUUAUGACAGAACAGCUCCGCGCAGUCAGUCUACUGCUAGUGGCUCUUCUCCCUGUCUUCUGUAGAGGAGACCUGUCAGCCGCUGUUCAGGUGGGCAGAGAGGGAGUCAGUGGAUCCGUCAACUUUACCCAGGAACAUGAGGGGUCAGGGGUCACAGUCUCUCUACAGCUAGAUGGAAUUGGUUCAGAAAUUGUUCAGUUGGCAAUCCACUCCCUCCCCUUCCCCCCUUCUUCCCCAAACCCCUGCCAAUUAGUGGGACCUGUCUUCAGAGAUGUAGGUACUGCCAACACACAGGGUUCAAUGAACUGCACCAACAUCUCGCUCUAUGGCAGGGAAAGUAUUGUGGGAAGGUCCCUAAUGAUUACAGCAAUCAACAACUCCCUCUCUAUCUAUAUAUGUGCUAACAUUCGUCCUCCCACCAACUCCAUGGUAUUAUGGGCUCCGUUCAGAUCAAACAACGUAACCAAUGGCAAUGUGUUCCUAUGGAAACAAACUGUUUAUGUGUCCUUGGUAACAGAAACAUCCUCGUCAGAGCUACCAUGGGCGAUACUGUCGCCAACGAGUGAAUGUGCCAUUGCCCCUGGUAAUAUCUACAAUCCUGAUGGAGUAAGCGGGGAGUGUAGUAGUGACAAUGUGUCUGGAUGUAUGGAGGGAGAUUUGGGAGGAAAAAAUGGAUGUCUGUCGGUGGAGAAUGGAUCAGUGAGGGCUGUUGUCAAUGAUCCCGGACUGGACAUCAGUGGUGUGGAGGGCCUAAUAUUGGCAGUGGGGACCCAGUGUGCCACCAUACAAACGUUCCCUUCUCUAAGAGUGGUGGGUGUGGCUGGGGAAGGAGGCGUGGUCUUGACUCAGUCUUCGCCACUGGACGCAACUGAAGUCAAUCUGACCGGAUCCAACGGUCUCACCCUUGAAAUCAAUACCCUGCCCCCCAGAACAGAAUGCUCAUCAACAGAGGGAAUAUUUGAUCCCCGGGGGGCUGGCUCCCCCUCACAGGGGUCAACUCUUGACUUUUAUCCAUUUGGAAACCUGACGGGAAAGGCUGGGGGCAGAGUGGUGUACUCUGACCCCUUUCUCCCUCUGACUGGGGAUGAUAGUGUAGUUGGUCGUUCACUCGUCGUCAAGAGAACAGAUGGUUCUAUUAGUGGGUGUGGCAUUCUCCAAUAUGAUGAUUACAUCAUUGAGAUAAGAGCUGAUCUGGCGAUAGAAGGUUUUUCAGGAAUUGUGGUGUUCAGCCAGCGAGCCAGUGACCCAUUCUCACAGACAAUCAUCACCGUGGAAACCAACAUCUCUGCUGACAUUGAGGUUUUUACUCCAACUCCAAUGAGGACUUCUCUUGAAGCCACACCCACAACCACAUUCCUCAUUGCUACAACGAAUGUACUCUCCACCCCCUCACCAACCCCUUCUUCACUUUCUCCGUCUCUCCUUUUGCCAUACGAGACGUCGUCAGUGGUCCUGGCCACCUCACCAUUCCCUCUUCUCUCGUCUUCUCCAUUCCCUCUUCUCUCGUCUUCACCAGUCCUUUUUCUCAUGCCAGACACCUUUACUCCCGUCUCCACUGUGGCUCCAGGCCAGCAGAGGAGGAGGAGGAGAGAGACUGGUGAGUACAACUGGAGCCUCAGGCAACGGAGUGGUGGUGUGUCUGGAGAGCCUGAGGACUGUGCACAGCUGCCCAUCAUUGGCAGCUCCAGUGAAGGUUGUUCCAGAUCAUCCCCGCUGUCCUGUGCCUCAGGAGAUCUGUCCACCAAACAUGGCCCUCUGUCUCCUGGUCCAAUGCCAGCCAUAUUCCACGACCCGUUCCUCCCUCUCUCCGGCCCUCAAUCUGUUGGUUCUGCUGUUCUUUUCUUGGAGCCAGCAAAUGGAGUCGGAGAGUCUGCCUGUGUACUAGUUACCAUGGUUACCAGUGCCACGCCCACUCCUACACCUAUGUUGUCGAGUGUUGAACUUCGUACUUCCAGUCAGUCCAGGUCCUCAGUCGCUACCUCUACUCUUCCGUCCAGUUCAGUUGUUGCUACUACCAUUCCUCCAACCCGCCAGCAGACUGGUGAUGAUGUCGAUAUCGUACUGAUUGGAGCCAUAGUUGGGGGCGUGGUCGCAGCAGCCCUGGUUCUGACGGUCCUGGUCCUGUGCCUGUGUUUGUGUAUCCGCAGACUGCGCAGUGGUCGGGUCGACCUCAAUAAACAGGACAAGAAGAACGGAAGAGAUGUGGAGUUGGGACAUUACCAGCAGAAACCCCAGAUUGGAUCUGACCACUACAGAGCCGUCUCCUCUUACCACCCCCAGACCUCUGACUCAGGUGACCUGGCCCUGGAGGAAGGGGAGUGGGUGACUCUACUGGAGGCCCCUCCAGGAGGCCAGUGGUGGAGGGGGCAGACGGCAGCUGGCGAGGGCUGGUUCCCCAAGUCACAUGUACAGUUAGUUGACAGAGAGGCUGAGCACAGAAAAGCUGAGGAAGAGAACUUCAAACUGGCGGCCGCGGCCAUCAGAGCAGCUAGCAACUCUUUUAACGAGAAGCAUCUCUCACUGACGACCAAGAACAAGGCCACGCCCACUAGUAGUCGGAGGACCAGGGCAGCCACAACGUUCAGCAAGGCAGAGAUCAACAGUACUCCAGUCCUGACGGCCAAAUUCAGUACCAGUGUCCUGGACUCAGUGGUGAUUGAAAACCAGCGACACCUCUCUGCCAGCACGGCCAGUGGUGGCAGUCGACCCCACACACCGACGCAGUCUCCCAGAGAGUGAGCCCCUGGCUAAUCUGACCAAUCACAUCUCUGCCGAGAACAGUCAGGGCAGCUCAGGGAGCAGUGAAUUGGCCAACAUGAACCUGGAGUCCUAUCUGGUGAGGUAUAACUACGGAGGAGGGACAGACAUAGAACUGCCUCUGAGGAAAGGGGAUGUUGUGAGUGUGUUGGAGAAGAGGGAGGGGGGAUGGUGGCAGGGGGUGUGUGGCGGGAGGGUUGGCUGGUUCCCUGCUUCCUACGUCAAGACAGCUCCAGCCAGAGAGGUGAAGGAAGAGGAGAAAGAGACGGGAGGUGAGGGAAAGAGGGAGGAGGAAGGAGAAGGGUUGCCAGGAAUGGAAGAAAGCCUACAAUCAGACACAGUAGAGGUUACAGAGUACAAAGCCAUCCACACAUUCAUCUCGGGGCAGGAGGGAGACCUCCAGUUCUCAGAGGGUGACACAGUGUUGGUCUAUUGGGUGCAGGAGAGUGGCUGGUGGUAUGGAUCAUGUGGUACCCACCACGGAUGGUUCCCUGGGACUUAUGUCGAGCUAAGUAUGUCGGAGGCUGGUAGUCCUCUGCCUCCAUCGACGGAGACUGAGUCGGUCACUGGCGAGGGAGGGGAGAUGGGGAAAGAGGAGGAGAAGGCAGUAGUCAGGGACUCUCCGUCCAGGAGAAGUUGGAGAAAUAAACUGUCGUUUAAGAGAAGCAAAUCUCAGGAAGGGACUGGAGAAGGUGGACUGGCACCUCUGCUACCUGCGCCAGAGGUCGAAUAUGAGAGGAAAAAGAGUCCCAGCAGACCUCGGAGGAAGGCCCCGCCCCCUCCAUCCAAUGUUUCAUCAAAACCUGGAGACAAGUCCCAGACCAUGCCCCCUACCACGAAAUCAACAAUUCCUUCAUCUAAAACCACACCCACUACUAAUGAGGCCACACCCACCACAAAACAGCAUGUUGCCAAGCAACACAAAGGACGCAAGACGUCAAGUGCACUUGGUCUGAACAAACCUCGUCGUCUCCCUCCUUCCCCGCCUACCUCGUUAGCCACACCCCAAACCCCGCCCACCAAGUCUGCUCAUACUCCAACCUUUGCUGAGGCAGCUCCUGCUGCUUUGGCCCCACCCUCUGGUGGAGCAACGCCAAUUGCCCCUCCCCGGAGGAAGAAGAAGAGGGUAAAGAGACCAGCAACGAGGCUGAUCCCCCCUCCCCCCACCAUGCCGCUCCCUCUUCCUCCCACUCGCCCCUCACAAACUCACCAAAGGCACCUCAGUCAUCUGCUGCACAGCCUGUCCAGCUAGCAGCAGUGCCACAAAGAGAAGCUGAAGGACCUAAGACUGUGACGAGAGAAUGUGUUGGAGGGAGCUGCAGGUUCAGGGAGUGGGACUAGUGAGGGUGGCCAACCAGGCUCCACAGAGGAAGUGGAGAAGGAGAAAGAAACCGUGUUGAUGUCUCCAGUCAAGACAAAGCCACCACCAAUCAAACCAAAGCCAGUGCAUCUGUCAAAGAGGGUGUCAAAUUCACUUUUGACUUCUGCUGUCUCCCAGCCUGCGGCGCAGGAUUCCCCCAAGCCUCCUCCUCCAGCUAGAACCAGCAGCUUGCACCAGCCCAUUCGUCCCCGACGGAGGGAGCCCAAAACAUCUGUAGCUGCUAUUCCAGACCCCACUACCCCCAUUGAGGAGGUGGACCACGACAUAAGAGAGAGUCCAGAGAACCAAGAGACUGCCGAGGCAGUCCGCAACCUUCGAUCUGCUCCUCCCAGUCAUCCUCCGCCUCCCAGACCACCCAGUGCUGGGGUGGAGGGCCCGAAACCUCGCUCACAACCUCCCUCUUUCCCUCCUCCAGAGAGACCUACCAGCGAUGCCGAGUCAGCAACAGCGGGGAGCCCGACUCGCUCCAACAGCCUGCGAGCAAGAGGCUCACAACUGAUGAGGUCACUGAGGAAGAUAGUGCAAAGGUCAGAGUCAAUGAAGGAGGAAGGAGUGGAGACAGAAACAAGUUCACCAACCAAAACUCCGAGGUCGAAGCAGGGAGAAGUGAUCCAGAACCUGGUUGCCGAGUCCCCAGACAUGGGAAGAAAGACAGAGAACGAGGGGCAGACAACGGAGAAGCAGCCAGUGAUAGGGUCUGGGCUACCGGCACGACCUCCUCUUCCUCGUCUGGUGAAGAAAACCUCAGAAGAUGGAGGAAAACAGACACCUGUGCGACCGCCACCUCCGAAACUCACCUCCAACAAGACCGAGGCCACACCUACUUCCCCUGUACAGACUACCCCCGUCAAGACCAAAGAAACACCCACUUCCCCCGUCAUCAAGACAAAGCAAAAUCGACCAGCUUCUCCAGACAACACUCAAAACCACACCCCCUCGCCACUUCCCGGGUCAGCGGGCCCGUCUCCAGUCCAUUCUGGUGGGUCAGGGUCGGGACCUGGAUCUCGCUCCGUGUCUCCCGAACCUCCCUCCAGUUUCUACCGAGCCAUGGCAGACUACACCGCCAAGAGUCCCAGUGAACUGACACUACAUGCUGGAGAUGUUCUCGUUGAACUAGACAGACCAACUCCCCACAUGUUCUACGGCAUGUUGGACGACGGGUCCACUGGCUUGUUCCCCACCUCAGUGGUUGAGCCCAUGUCUGCUCCUUCAUCCUCCCGCAGGAUUUAGAACCACACCCACGGUUUGUGUUUGCGUUAACAGUUUUCGUUUCAAUUUUUUAAAACAGUUUUCAGAGCUCAGAUCAGAUGAGUUGAUUUGCUAUAAUUAGAUGAUGUCACCAUUAUGUCACUCUUCAGAGAUUAUG